AUGUGCAAGAACUUUUCUAAAGUUAUGCAGGAUGAAUUUGAAAUGAGCAUGAUGGGUGAAUUAAAGUUCUUUCUUGGAAUUCAAAUUAAUCAAGGAGAAAAAGGAACUUACAUUCAUCAAUCAAAGUAUACUAAGGAACUUCUGAAGAAAUUCAAUAUGGAUGAUUGUAAACCUAUGAAUACACCUAUGCAUCCAACAUCAAGUCUAGGAAAAUCAGAAGAUGAAGGAAAAGUGGAUCAGAAGCUAUAUCGAGAUCCUAGAGAAUCUCAUCUCACAGCUGUGAAGAGAAUCUUUAGAUAUCUGAAAGAAACAACAAAUCUUGGAUUAAUUUACAAGAAGUCCAAGGAUUAUGGUCUGGUUGGAUUAUGUGAUGCUGAUUACGCAUGA